AUGUUCAGAGGCCUAUCCUUUAAGCGGACCAAGGCUCAGGACACGCCGCCCCAGCGCUUUUCCCCGCGGUCUGAACAGCUCUCCGUCCACCAGCACUACAUUGAGCCUGGAGGGGCUCGAGAGGGGUCCCAGAAAUGGAAGCAGAUGCUCGGCGGCAAUAACAAGCAUACGAUGGAGAAGGAGGAGCUCAAUUCGCAGGGACCCAUGGUAGAGAAGUACGGCAUGUGUGAGAAGGUGGUCGGCACCGGCGCACAUGGCACCGUAUGGCUCUCUCGAAGGAAGGCGGCAAAGGGCCAGGACGGGGAGGAGCUGUACGCCAUCAAAUGUUUCCGGCAAUCGUCCGCAGAGCCCAAGGAGAAGCACAACAAUCGGUUAAAGGCCGACUUCUCCAUCGCGAGAGAGCUGAGCCAUAUCAAUGUCGUGCGUACGCAUGAGCUUAUACAGAGUCCCGCCGACAAGUUCUACAAAGUAAUGGAGUUCUGCGCAGGCGGGGACCUCUAUACACUGGUGAGCUCGGCUGGGAAGUUGGAACCGCUUGAGGCAGCUUGUUUCUUUAAGCAACUACUGAUUGGGGUCCAAUAUCUGCACGAGAUGGGCGUCGUCCACCGCGACCUCAAGCCUGAGAAUCUUCUCCUUACCACAGAUGGCACGCUCAAGAUCAGCGAUUUUGAUUGCAGUGAGUGUAUCCGUUUGGCGUGGGAAGAGGAGACUCAAACGGUAUCGGGAAUCUGUGGUUCUGAGCCAUAUAUUGCGCCCGAGGCAUUUACAGAUGAUGAGUUCGACGGCCGUGCUCUGGAUGUAUGGGCUUGCGGCGUGACCUAUAUGGCAAUGUGCACCGGUAAGUUGCUCUGGGAUGUGGCUAAGGAUGAGGAUAGCUCGUAUGCAAAAUACCUUCGCGAUCGACGCUUAGAGGAAGGGUUCCGCCCGAUUGAGUCAUUACCUCAAGCCGGUUGCGGAAACGUCCUCUAUUGCCUUCUAGAUCCGAACCCGGGCCGUCGGAUCACGAUCCCCCAGAUCUUGAAAUCUCGUUGGGCUCGGGAAAUUCAAGUCUGCUGCGACGUUGGGGAGGAUUGA